AUGGCAUCUCUGUCCCGGACCUUCUCUCACCCCUCGACGACCACGGUACCGGUUUUCCUCGCCCCAGCUUUCGCCCGACCUACCACUGUCGCAGCUACGGCCUCAUGUUCGAGAACAUAUGCGAGUAAACCGCAUUCUCAGAGACCCAUAGGGGAUAGAAAUAAACAACGUGGCGUAUCUGCCAUCCGUCGUACAGGUCCGAGAAACAUGAGAGGCUUGUGGAAAUAUACUCUACCGGUCCCCGUGGCCAGGGACCACAGAACAACCGACCCUGAGUAUCUGGACACGAAGAACCACGGGCUUUGGGGCUUCUUCAAUGAAGCAAGGCAACCAAUGAUGCCACCGGACGAGGAGUCCAGUCACGGCCGGCCGUGGACAUACCAGGAAUUAUGUGCCAAAUCCUUUGAAGAUUUACACGCGCUUUACUGGGUGUGUAUAAAAGAGCAAAACAGAACUCUUACCAGAGAAAAGGAAAGGCAGCGCGUCAGAGCAGGUUAUGGAGCGGCAGAAAGUGAAGACCGGGUUGAGACGAUUCGGAAAACCAUGUAUUUGAUCCGCGAAGUCCUUGCAGACCGACAAAUGUCCUAUGAAGAAGCUCAUGUCAUGAUCAAACAACGGCCAAUUAGGGAUAUUCUGCGCUCGGAGGAAAGAGAAGAAGAUGAUGUGCUUGAUUUCGAAGACUUUCCGACUGUGGAAGGAAAACCAACCUCCUCGCAGAUGGCCGCCGCGCCCGUAUCACCCCCGUAA